GCAAAUCGAAGUGAAGUAUUUGGUGGAAGAAAGCACGGGAGGAUCUAUUUAUGUGUCCAUUGCGGUUGUGACUGGGUGAAAAAACGUGAAGAUGACCUCAUAUUUUCAAUUGAUUAUCCUGGCUCUCCUGCUUCUGCUGCCGAUUCUCUACGAGAGCAGUGCAGUUUUUCGUUAUUAUACAAAGUUCACAGUUUACUGCCUUGGAAUCACAAUAAAUGCCACAAUCCUCUGGCCAAUAUUCAUGUUUCGGCCGUGGAAUGUGCGGAACUUGAAGAUCGGAGGUCUGUGGUGUCGGCCAAUCUCCAAGAUAAUCGGCAUCAAGUGGACUCUGCGCGGCGAGGAGUACAUCAGCCAAGACAAGCCGUACGUGAUUGUGGCGAACCAUCAGUCAUCGCUGGACAUUCUGGGGAUGCUGGACAUCUGGCAUAUCAUGGACAAGUGCACGGUGGUGGCCAAGCGGGAGCUCUUCUAUGCGUGGCCCUUCGGCCUGGCGGCGUGGCUGUGCAAUAUAAUCUUCAUAGAUCGUAAGAGCGCGGACAAGUCUCGGUCGACGCUCAACAACAUGGGUGACUACCUGAAGGGGGACAGGGUGAAAUUGUGGGUCUUCCCCGAAGGCACAAGGCGCAACAGCAAUGAUAUUCACGCCUUCAAGAAGGGCGCAUUCCACAUUGCAAUUUCCGAGCAGCUGCCCAUCCUGCCGGUGGUCUUCAGCUCAUACUCCCUGUUCCUCGACAGCAAGAGAAAGAUAUUCGACAACGGGGAGAUCAUCAUAACGACACUACCUCCAAUCUCCACGGCGGGCAUGACAACGAAGGACAUCGAUGCCCUCAUGGAGAAAACCAAGGGUUUGAUGAAGAGCGUUUAUCUCGAAUCGACGGCCGAAAUGAACGCAAAGUUUAUGAAGACCAAGAUCUCGAGCAUUGAGAAGAAGGACGAAAAGGCAUCCAAUUGAAUGAUUAUGCAUUUUACCUCGAUAGUAAUUACCAGUGAAAUUUAUGGUGAUAAAUCUGGUUGAAAUUGUUCUCUUUCAACAUCAUGGCUGGGAAGUGAAAUUAAAUUUAUUAUUUAAUUUGCAUAUGAGAGGGAAAGCGAGACAAUUGGAAUGAGGAUUGGAAAACAUAUCAAUCAAUUACUUAUUGAUUUAACUGUAAUCGGUAUUUGUGUCUCCGCCAAAUGAGGUCUACGUAAUUAAGUUAGUAAAACUAUUGAGAUUGUGGGAAUUUUUCAAUCCAAAAACCUCUUGUAAAUUUUCAUAUAUACUCAGAACAAAAAAUCAAUGAUCUCUUUUCACUUGAUAAGAAACAUUCCCAUUUUCUUCCUCUCUAUGAAAUGUACAUAUUUUUGCAUAUCGACCGACUGGCUUUAUUACAAAUCAAUUGGGAGCUGAGAAUGUGUUGUCUCGACAGUGCACUUGACAUGCUGAAAAGAGAACAGUUGCUUCCUGAAGAUAUGCGCCCUUACUCUUUGCCACAACAACAUGUUGAUUAAUAUUAAUGGAAUAUUUACUGUAGUAAAAGCAAUUGCAAGUGAACUACGAAUAAUUGUGGACGAAACAAAGUAUAUUUCUGCAUUUGUAUGGAAAGAAAAACAAAGAUAGUUGCCAUAAUUUACUUAAAAGAAAAAUUAGGAUGUCUCUUAAGGAGUCAAUUUCUCUGAAAUUAUCAUUGCACAUUCCGAAAUUAAAUUUAUUAAUCUAUUUUUUUUACGAGAAGAAAAUUAACACGUAUUUUACAUAAGAAUUGCACGAAACACAUGUACCAUUUUCUCAUUAUGUUUUCCAACACACGCAACGUCUUAUCUGAGAGUAGUUGAAUUGUUGUCAUCUGUUCAAUUAUUAUUGAUCUAAAUUUAUAAUUCAACUCUAAAUAUGCGUUUCAAUGUGUAACGCGACAAAAGCGUGUGGCUAGAAGCCACGAGAUGCUGGAAGUUGAUGUCUCAAUUUAUGUAUUUACUUUUUCGCUGUAGAGCCAAAGAAAAGGGAGAGAUAUUAUGUUAGGUGUAUUUUUUCUGUAUUCUAAAUAUAUAUUGAGAGUAUAUCUUGAAAUUUCCAUA